CUGCAAACAUGGAAGAGGAAGGUGGGGACACUGGAGGAUCGGUUCAGGAGAAUCGAUCUGGAGCAUGGUGGAUGAAGGCAGACUGGUGGGGACUUGUGUGUGUGUUCACCCUUGCCUGGGUGACGAGUCCAUCACUGAAGAACGGUCUAGCCUGGAACGGAAGAGUCAUAACCAGUGACCCCAACAGUACAAUGGAACGAGAAGAUGACAGAAGGUUUGCCUGCUACAGCUGCUCAUCUCUUGCUCGCUCUCUCUCUCUCCAACAAUUGCAACACAACAUCAACUACCUCAACACGAACUGAACUGAACUGAACUCUGCAUUAUCUUAAGACUAUUCAUUUACCCCUAGACUUUGUUAGAGCUUGGUUUUGAUUCUUAUUCCUACAGUUCUGUAUUUAGUAUUGCUAACUUGUUUUAUAUGUAUAUUCACAUUAUUGAUAGUGGAUUACUUGGUUUGCUAAUAAACUCCUUUAGUUACAGUACCAUCAGACUCCAACGUAUCAUUCCAUUUCUGCUGGCUUAGUAACCCAGUCACGGGGUACGAGCCAAAUUGGGGGCUUGUCCGGGAUUUGAAUUUCAAAUCGGGAGGUUGUUGAAUUGAUCAGGGUAAAAUUCCCUUAUCUGAUUCGGUUGUGUGGGAGACCAAAAACGUAGUCAGCAGAAAUGGGGAUUGACUAGUUUCUAAGGGAACCAACUUCAGAGGCAUUAGAGGAUGCCAGGAAGUUGGAAUUGUUGAAUAUUGCGAGACGGUUGAAAUUCUCAGUGGUGAAACCGGCAAUGAGAAAGAUGGAGAUACAGAGAGCAUAUUAUGUAUCCCAGGAGGUGUUGCAGGUAGAGGAGUUGGAGCUGUUUCCUGAAAGUAAACCUAAUGGGGGGUGAGCUUCAGCUUCAGAUGGAAAAGUUAAGGAUGGAUGAGAAGGAAAGGAAAAGGGAGCAUGAGCUCCGGAUAAGGAUGCUGGAGGCAGAGAGGGAAAGAGAAGUGGCUGAAAGGCAGAGAGAAGAAAGGGAGAAAGAGAGUCAGUUUGAGCUGGAAAAAGAAAGGUUAAAGGCAUUGCAGAGAGGGGACCAGGCAGCAGACCCAAACAGGGGGUUCAAGGUUGGUCAGGAGGUUAAGUUGGUACCCCCGUUCGAGGAGAUGGAUGUCGAUAGGUACUUCCUCCAUUUUGAGAAAGUUGCUAGGACUGGCCUAAGAGGAAGUGGGCUGUUCUGUUACAGAGUUUUCUUAAGGGGAAGGCUCAGCAAGCCUAUUCUGCAUUGUCUAUGGAUGAGGCUAAGGAUUACGAUGAAGUGAAAAGGGCUAUACUGAGGAGUUACGAGUUGGUUCCAGAGGCAUACCGGCAGAAGUUGCAGAAUUUGAGAAAGCCGUGGGACCGCACGUAUUUAGAGUUUGCCCGAGAAAUGCACAUGUAUUUUGAGCACUGGUGCGCCUCAAAAGGGGUUGAUGGAGAUUUUGAUAAACUGACACAGCUGAUGCUGAUCGAGCAGUUUAAAGGUUGCGUCCCUGAGGGUAUGAGGACGUACCUGGACGAGAGUGAGGCAGGGACUCUGUCUGCGACUGCCAAGUUAGCAGAUGAGUAUGCCUUAACCCACAAGAUAAAAUUUCCCCCAAAUAAGAGCUACCAGAGAGGCAGUAGGGACGGUAGAGAAAGCCCACCGGUUAAGUCAGAGAAGAAGCCAGGGACUACCGGAAAAGGCAAGGAGGAGAAAAAUCAGGUUGGCAGGAAGUUUCCCAGCUUCAUGUGUUAUAAUUGUGGGAAAGCUGGUUGCAUAGCAUCUAAGUGCCUGGCUCCGAAGCAGGAGACAGGAAAAGGAAAGACGACAACCCCAACUGGUUGCAUUGAGCCAGUCGACAGACCGAUGAGGAGGGUGAGGUUAGAUAGACCGCAAGAGGGGCGCGAGCAGUUUACUUCGGAAGGGAUGGUAUCCAUGAAGGAAGGGGAAACCCUAGUUCCCAUGCGGAUCUGGAGAGAUACUGGGGCUGGUCACAUUGAUCAUAAGGAAGGUGUUAGAAUUCGGUGCUGAGACCGAGACUGGAGAGGUAAGUGUGAUAAAAGGUAUCGGAAAAGGGACUGAGGCUGUACCUUUGCACAAGAUGUUUCUGAAAUGUGACCUCGUAUCUGGACCAGUCGUAAUAGGGGUGCGGUCGGAACUACCGAUAGACGAUGUGGACGUCCUACUGGGUAACGAUCUUGCAGGUGGUGAUGUGUGUUCAGCAGUGAAGCUGACGAGCAAGCCUGUAAGUGCUGGGGACCCGCCCAUAGAUUCCAAGAUUUAUCCCACCUGUGCAGUAAUUCACAGUAUGUCUAGAAAGGCGGCAGAGGCAGGCUCCAGUUUAAAUGAGUCUGGCGUUGAUUUAGCUGAGAUGUUUUUACCAGCCCUGUACUAGGAGAGGUUAGAGGAUGGUAAAGUGGAGAACAGUGGAGCUAAGGAAAGUAAGGGAGACAAAGCAAAUUUAGUGUUGUCAUGCGACAAAAUUUUGAACCUGGCCCUUAAGAUACCCCUAGGUGGACACUUGGGAAUGAGGAAGGAACAUAUAAAGGAGCAGAGCCAAGAUGAGAAACAGAUAUGGCAGCUGUAAGGUCCAGGGUUAGACACGGAUGACGUAUCUAGCUUGAAAGAGCUGCUUGUAGUUGAAGAAAUUAAGUGUGUUCCCGAUGAUAUAAGGGCGUUCCGAGAUGAAAAGGAUGCCGCUACCUUGAGGGAGUCUGCUGGGUUAGCAGAUGAGGUUGUUUUUAACCCGCAAGGUAGAGUUUACUCUGGAUGGGAGUUGCCCAGAGAGUAACUAGGAGGAUCCGAGGAACUUGGAAUUUGAAAUGGGGACUGAUAUAGGAAGCCUAGAAGAGGUAGAUGUCCCGUUUGCCUGUGUUCAGGUUGUGAAGGUACCUGUGGAUUCACAGGGUACUGAACCUUGUGUUGAAGCUCAGGAAAGGUCUGAGGUGUCUGAUUUGGUUAAAAAGGAAUGCAAUCCUUUUGGCUCAGAUGGACGUGGUUCAGUGAGUAAGGGGUUAACCCUGGCACCAGAGGAAAGUGAGAAUUCUCAGUCACUUGUGUUAGACAGUGUUCUAAAAGUUAAUGAUGAGAUGGAAGCUGGUGAUGUGAAUAUUAUUGAAGGAAAAGGGAAAAAUAUUGUUCCUAGACUUUUGAAUAAGGAAAAUUUAAAAUCUGCAUUGGUUUUAGAAGUAGUAACCAUGCUGAAGGGACAGUGGGUUGGUAACAAGGUGCCUGGUAGUCUGUUAUAGUUUGUUUUGAAAUUUAAGGAUAAACAACGUGCUGAUCUUGUUCAAGUUUGUGAUUUGGAGAGGCAAAACUUGGAAGUGUUGUUUUGACUAAGACAGAUCACCUGCAGUUGUUAAACUGGAAACUAAUAGACUUAAAGAUCUUGAAGAUAAAAUUAAUGACUUGCUUGAAAUUAAUGAGUGGUUUGAAAGUUCAGCAAAUGGGCUUAGUCUGGAAAACAUUAGUGAUAAACUUGCCCGAGCAGGGAGUCUGUGAAGGCCUAUUCCAAACUGGUGAGCACGCUGAUCACAUGAGGGUUAAGUGUUCUGUGUCGAAGUGGAAAAGAGAUAAUGGUUGACAAAACACCACUUUGAAUAACAAGAUCCGGUUCUGCAGGAAUUUGAUUUUUUUUUGUAACAAAGCAUGUGAAUAAUAAAGACUAGGUCAUGGUAGAUUGACUGACUGAAUGUUAAGUUAAAAGUGAAAUAUAGAUUAGUAUUUGUAUACACUUCUGUAAUGUGUUACGUGAUAAUCACACAUGUAUCAGUUUAACCUCUGUAAUAUACACCUAAGUUAAAAACUGUUCCACUGUAGAAAAAGAAUUACUGUCACUUAUUCUGGCGUCACAGCAUUUUGAGGUUUACACUUGUCCGGCACAGAAGCCAUUGAUAGUUUAUACUGAUCACAACCCAUUGGUAUUUUUGAAUAACAUGAAGAAUAAAAAUAGGCGGUUCUUAAGUUGAAGUCUGAUGCUACAAGAAUUUGAUAUUAAAAUACAACAUGUAAAGGGAACUGACAAUGUAAUUGCUGAUUGUUUAUCCAGGUGUUAAAUUUGAAAUUAUAUCCGUGUUACCCUGUUGAUUAAUGACUACUUCUGUAUUAGACUCUGUAUUGUGCAUCUAUGUUUUAAUUUUCACCCCCCAGUAAAAAUUAUUUUAAGGGUGGGGGUGUUAUGUGUGAUGAACAAACCAGUUGGAAAUGGGGUCCAGAGCUGACACCCCCCGGGAACUAUGCUGCUAAUGAGAGAGAGAUGAAGAACAGAGGUAGAGGCACCAACUACAGAUAAGAGAGAGAGAGAGAGAGAGAGAGAGAGAGAGAUGGAUGAUUUAUUAUUAUGGCUUCUACACUGAUUGUUAACCUUUUGCUGCAAGGACACUUCUUUGCUCGUUAAUAUUCUUGCUGAGACAGCAGGUAGUGGCCUACUUUGAUGGACAUGGACAUGUUGAGUUGAUGGAUGGCUGAUACCCCAUCAAGGGGAGAUAAAAUACGGGUCUGCGGAGACACAGAUAGACACACCCCUGGACACUGAAAGAGUGUUGUGCACCCACAAGAAGGUGGGGGCCCUGGAGGAUCGGUUCAGGAGAAUUGGUCCGGAGCACGGUGGAUGAAGGCAGACCGGUGGGGACUUGUGUGUGUGUUCACCCUUGCCUGGGUGACGAGUCCAUCACUGAAGAACGGUCCAACCUGGAACAGAAGGGUCAUAACCGCUGACCCCAACGGUACAAUGGAACAAGAAGAUGACGGAAGGUUUGCCUGUUGCAGCUGCUCAUCUCUUGCUCUCUCUCCAACAAUUGCAACACAACAACAACUACCUCAACACGAACUGAACUGAACAGAACUCUGCAUUAUCUUAAGACUAUUCAUUUACCCCUAGACUUUGAUAGAGCUUGGUUUUGAUUCUUAUUCCUACAGUUCUGUGUUUAGUAUUGCUAACCUGUUUUAUAUGUAUAUUCACAUUAUUGAUACUGGAUUACUUGCUUUGUCAAUAAACACCUUUA